AUGCUGCGAAAAAAAUCUCAAGCAAAGACAAGAAAUACCAAAGUAACUACAAAACGCACAAACAUUAACGAGAAUACUUCGAUGUCACAACCAUCUCCAUCACCACCAAUCAACAAAAGAAGAAAACCAGGCAAGCCUCUUUUUAUUCGAUAUAAACAGG